AUGACUAAGAAAUCUAGUGGCUUGACGGCUUCUAGGAAAAGAAGUGCCAAAACUCAAGACGACGUCGAAUCUGAUAGGGAGGAAAUAGACAUAAAUAUCGACGGCGUUCUGGAUGGUGCAGACGAUGACAGUGAAAUAGAAGAUGAAGAAGAGGAAGGAAGCUCUUCCCAUAGUGAAGUCGAAGAAGAAGUGGAGCAAGAAGUUGAAGAGGAUGAGGAUUCAGACGCCGAAUUGAAUGAACUCUUAGCGAAGGAAGAAGCGGAAGAAGCCGAAGAAGAUAUUAGCGACUCUGAUUUUUCAGAUGACACCACCUCAAUGAUCGAUAAACUAUCCAAUGUCAAGUUAAGAACAUUGAGUGAUCCUAAUAUAUACACCAAAUUCGUUGAUGGUACGCCAAGGAUUAUCAAACCUGAAAUCAAACCUAUUUAUGAUAGUGACGAUAGUGAUGUAGAGACCAACAAUACAAUUGGAAAUAUUCCAUUAUCUGCGUAUGAUGAGAUGCCGCAUGUUGGAUACAAUAUCAAUGGUAAAAGAAUCAUGAGGCCAGCAAAGGGUUCUGCUUUAGAUAAAUUAUUAGACACAAUCGAAUUACCAGAAGGCUGGACCGGCCUGUUGGACAAAAAUUCUGGUGCUAGUUUGAACCUUACUGAAGAAGAGUUAGAGCUUAUUUCAAAGAUACAGAAACAUGAGCAAACAGAUGAAAAUACAAAUCCAUAUGCGCCUUUAGUUGAUUGGUUCACCAGACAUGAAGAAAUAAUGCCACUGACUGCUGUUCCGGAGCCAAAGCGAAGAUUCGUACCAUCGAAAAACGAAGCCAAGAGGGUUAUGAAGAUUGUUAAGGCUAUUAGAGAGGGUCGCAUCAUUCCACCAAAGAAACUAAAAGAACUAAGGGAGACCGAAAAGGAAGCUGAGCGUACUUAUGAUAUAUGGGGUGAGUCUACUGAGACUAAUGAUCACAUUAUGAAUCUAAGAGCUCCAAAGUUACCUCCACCAACUAACGAGGAAAGUUAUAAUCCACCAGAAGAAUACUUAUUGUCGCCAGAAGAAGUAGAAGAAUAUGAAAAGACGGAACCUAGUGAAAGAGAAAGAGACUUUAUUCCACAGAAAUAUGGUGCACUAAGAAAGGUUCCUGGUUACACAGAAUCUGUUAGAGAGAGAUUCGAAAGGUCAUUGGAUUUAUAUCUGGCACCCCGUGUUCGUAAGAACAAACUUAAUAUUGAUCCUGAAUCGCUGAUUCCUAAGCUACCUUCUCCUAAAGAUUUGAGGCCAUUUCCAAUUCGUUGCUCAACUGUUUAUAACGGCCAUACCGAUAGAAUACGUACUUUAUCAAUUGAUCCCUCCGGAUUAUGGUUAGCUACUGGUUCAGACGAUGGUACUGUUAGAAUUUGGGAAAUAUUGACUGGAAGAGAAGUCUAUAAAGUUGCUUUAGUCGAUAUCAAGGAGAACUCAGAUGAUCAUGUUGAAAAUAUUGAAUGGAAUCCAGAUUCAGAAACAGGUAUCUUGGCAGUUUCAGCGGGUGAGAAUAUUUAUUUGAUAGUACCUCCAAUAUUUGGAUUUGAGAUCGAAAACAACGGUAAAACGAAGAUAGAAAAUGGUUACGGUUUUGACACAUUUGGUUCAAAGAAAAAAUCCAAUCUACAGGUAAAUGAAGGCGAAGAAGAAGAAGAGGAAUCGACCACAAACGAUGCGGUAAAGAAAGCUGUUGCUCAAUGGAAUAAACCAUCGUCAUCCCAAUUGGAAAAAGACAUUGCUAUCGUAAUUACAUGCAAAAAGACAGUUAAAAAAUUAUCAUGGCAUAGAAAAGGUGAUUAUUUCGUCAGUGUUCAACCAGAUUCUGGUAACACAUCUGUUUUAAUUCAUCAAUUAUCUAAGCAUUUAACCCAGUCACCAUUUAAGAAAUCAAAGGGCAUUACCAUGGAUGCUAAAUUCCAUCCAUUCAAACCACAGUUAUUCGUUUGUUCUCAGAGAUAUAUCAGAAUAUAUGAUUUGGCCCAACAGGUUUUAGUUAAAAAGUUGUUACCAGGAGCGCGUUGGUUAUCAACAUUUGAUAUUCAUCCAAGAGGCGAUAAUGUUAUUGCGUCGUCAUUUGAUAAAAGGGUAUUAUGGCAUGAUUUGGACUUAGCAAGUACACCAUACAAGACUUUGAGAUAUCACGACAAGGCAGUACGGGAUGUAAGCUUCCAUAGGAGAUUACCUUUAUUCUGUUCCGCUGCUGACGAUGGUAAUAUAAACGUUUUCCAUGCUACAGUAUACGAUGAUAUGAUGAAGAAUCCAUUAAUUGUACCAUUGAAAAAACUGACAGGACACAAAUUGAUCAAGAGCCUUGGUGUCUUGGAUACAGUGUGGCAUCCAAGAGAAGCUUGGUUAUUCUCGGCAGGCGCGGACAACUCAGCACGUUUAUGGACUACCUGA